UUCCGAACCCAAAGGAUUGAGGCUUCUCUUUCAUGCAGACUUAGAGACUCAGAAGGAGAGCUUCAUCAGUGUUUCGUGCCGUAAUCUUUUUGAUUCAUCUUCUGAUACGUCAUCAUAUCAAUGGCAACCGCAACAGCGCCAUCCCGUUCCUUCUUGCAAGUGGCAGCCACGGAGGAGGCAGUUGCUCCGCCUCUAAGAGUUGUUCAGAUCGAAGGACUGGUUAUAUUGAAGAUCAUCAAACACUGCACUGAGUUUUCACCUGCUCUUGUGACUGGGCAACUUCUUGGGCUGGAUGUUGGCAGUGUUCUUGAAGUAACCAACUGCUUCCCCUUUCCGAUCCGGGAGGAGGAUGAGGAGAUUGAGGCCGAAGGUGCUAACUAUCAGCUUGAGAUGAUGAGAUGCUUGAGGGAAGUCAAUGUUGACAAUAACACUGUGGGAUGGUACCAAUCGACUUUAUUAGGUUCUUUUCAGACUGUGGAACUGAUUGAGACCUUCAUGAAUUACCAGGAAAAUAUUAGACGAUGCGUGUGCAUUAUUUAUGAUCCUUCCAAGUCCAACCAAGGUGUCCUUGCUUUGAAGGCCUUGAAACUUUCUGAUUCUUUUAUGGAGCUUUAUCGCAACAAUGAUUUUAAUGGAGAGAAGUUGCGGGAGAAAAAUCUCACAUGGGUGGAUAUCUUUGAGGAGAUACCUAUCAAGGUUUCAAAUUCGGCUCUUGUCAGUGCAUUUAUGACUGAACUGGAAGCUGAUUCACCUGUCACUCAGUCUGAUUACGAUAGACUACAAUUAUCAACAAUUCCUGUUAUGGAAAGGAACAUGGAGUUUUUGAUUGAAUGCAUGGAUGAUCUCUCAAUGGAACAGCAAAAGUUCCAAUUUUACUACCGUAAUCUGUCACGUCAGCAAGCCCAGCAGCAAACAUGGCUUCAAAAGAGAAGGGCUGAGAAUAUGGCACGUAAAGCUGCAGGAGAGGAUCCACUGCCUGAGGAGGAUCCUUCAAACCCCAUCUUUAAGCCUCUCCCGGAGCCAUCACGGUUGGAUAGCUUUUUGAUAACAAAUCAAGUUUCCAACUACUGCAAUCAAAUCAACAGCGUUGCAGGGCAGAGUUUCAGCAGAUUAUAUUUGAUGAAGGCGUUACAUGAAAACUGAUAACGUACAGAGGCCAUGAAACAUCGCUUUUCUGUAGCUGCAAAAUUGGGUAUGAACCAUGUAGUCACGUUGGCUCGCUGUAUCUCUUAAUUUUGCUUGCUUUUUAUUCAUUCACUGGAGUGAUUACGGUAGGAGAAUUUUGGUGUAAAAGCUACUUGCAAACGUUUUAUUAACAUCCGUAAUUUACAUUUCUAAGGUACAUCUUAUACAGUUCGGGUAAUUAUUGAUCACCACGAGUAAAAUUAUGGCUACGUAGUUUC